AUGGGUGUCGGAGCUGCUACAAUUGCUUCAGCGGGAGCUGCUAUCGGUAUUGGAAACGUCCUUAGUUCCUUGAUUCAUUCCGUGAAUCUCCACAGUAAUGUCUCUGUUAGAUUCUCCGAAAUACGGGAAAACUCCAUUCAAUUCUUGAUGGAAACGGAGUUUUGUGAAUUCUCCCCGGAACUGGAAGAGCAUUUCGAGAUCUUCGAACAUAUUCGAGGGUUCAAUGUGACUAUUGUCACUUCGGGCAACACACAAGAUGAGACUUUACUACCGUGGAGCGGCUUUUUGCAAAAGAUGAGGGGGAAACUCAAUAAGAUGUCGGAGAAGCAAAAUAUACGAGAUCACAAACGUAGAUUGCUCGUGGCUAAAUAUGAAUUGAGACGAAAGCUUUAUAAAGCCUUUUGUAAUGAUCCCGAUCUUCCUAGUGAUAUGUAG